AUGGAAUCCUAUUAUAUUAUUUUGGAAAAAGUAAUUAGAUAUAUAUAUGAAGCUAGACGUGAUGUUGAAGAUUUAUUAAAAUCUUUAUUUCGACGAGAAGAAAAUAUUAAUUAUAAUAAACUUAGAAAAUGUUUAUUAAAUCUAAAAAGUGUUGAAUGGAUAGAAAAAUAUCGAAAUGGAAUAUAUUCAGAUGUAAUACAUAAUGUUGAAGAACAAAUUAUUGAACAUGUAAAACAAAUGAAAGAUUCUGCUAUGGAAAUAAAUAUAGAUCUUGACAAUUUUGAUAAAAUUGAGCAUGUAUAUCAAAUAAUAUUACAAAUCAAUACAAUCAAAUGUCUUGAAAAAUUUAUUCCUGAUGUAGUUAAAGACAUAGAUGAAGUUAAUAAUUGGUUUAAAGAGAUCACAAAUAAAGAGUCGUUGAAACAUUACAUCAUCAUAGUGGAAAAUACUUGUAAAAAUAUUCGUUCGUUAUUUACAAGUAAUUGUAUAUUUGUUCUUAAUGAUUUAGAAGAAUUUAUAAGACACUAUAGUACUUAUAUUCAACAAGAAAUGGAAAAUUCUUUUGAAACUAUCAAACAUAGUCAAAACGAAGAUAAGAAAGAAAUAUGUGAAAAAGUUCGAAUAUUAUCAAAUCGUUUACGAGAAUUAUUUGAAAUUAAAACAAAAUAUUCUCGUGUUUGGUCUUGUUUUUCAAAUAAAAAUAUGAUUAAAUACUGGCAAAAUGAGUUAUCAUACUAUUUAACAGAUUUAUCAGAUGAAAUCGAAAAAAUAACGAUCACAAAACGAAUCAACACGUUGAAAGAUAAGUUAAUGAUAGUAAAAGCGCUAAGUACUUUAGAUAGAUUUCGAGAAGAUGAAAAAUUUAUUAAUAUCUAUCAUAAAUAUCAAAAUAUAUUUUUCAUUCAAAUCAACGAUGCUCAAAAACAAGUACUUGAUGCUAUUACAAAUAACGAUUAUGAACGAGUUGCUUUCGAAAUUAAAGCAUUACAAUUAUCCAAUGAAAUUGGAGAAUAUUUUUACCAACAAGCUAAACAAAUACUAAAUAGUAGAUUACACAAUUUGAUGGAAGACACCAAAACUCACGUAAUUAUACUUGGAAAUAAUCUAGAAAUAAAAGAAAUAAAAUUUAUAGUAGACAAUUUAAGACGAAUUCAAAGAGCACAACAAUUUGUUUCAGAACAUGUUAAUGAAUUGACUGAAUUAGAUGCAUAUGUCAUAGAAAUUAAAAUUUUGAUCGAAGAACGAAUAAUUCGUUUCUUAGAAGGCGUUCAAGUUCUUAUUAGUAUUCACUAUUUCUGUAAAGUAGAUCAGAAAUUAGUUUUAAUAAUAUUAGUACGUAGUUUAUUAGGAAAUUAUUGCACAGAAAAAGUUUUGAAUCGUAUGGAAGAAGUCAAACGUUAUCAAGAUAUUGUUCUAACCAAAGAUAUCAUUGAAAAAUAUUCAAACAUGGAUAUAACAGAAUAUAAUUUGGAUCCACCCACAAAUUUAUUUGCAGAAGUCGGAGAAUUCAGUAAUACUAAUCCAUUAUACUAUGGAGCAUUGAAUAAAAUCAAAGAAAUCAUUGUGAAGAAAUUCAGAGAAGAAUUAAAACAAGCGACAUUGGUACAGCCUCCAAAUCUAGAAAAUAAUCAUAUCAGAAGAUUUGAAUUAGCAGUUAAGUAUCUACCAGAAACGAUUAGGAUUGCUCUUGAAAUAGAUUUAAAACACUGUAAAGAUGAUAUUAAUCAAUUGAUUCAAAAUAAUAAAAAUAAAUUGAAAACUACAGUUCACCUUAAUUGA